AUGCCCGCCGCCGUUAGAGAACGCUCUCCCAGUGGUGCUGCCUCCGGGGCCGCAAAAAAAGCCCGGUCUCACGCCGACCAGGGAGCUCAGGCGGCCAUAAAUCAUCCCUCGGCGGAGAAUGUGGCUGCUUACAGGGAGGACUAUGUCAAUGCCGCCCCUUUCAGACACGCCGUCAUUGGAGGCCUCUUGAGUGACGAUUUGCUCGAAGGUGUGGUGGAAGAGUCCAAAAAGUUUGGCGUUAGAGGUGAAGAGGGAAGUCUCCCUGGUUGGGGCUGGGAACACAAGGAGACAGACAUCUACAGAAUCCAGCAGACUCCCGACCUCUCGUCUCUGAGCCCGGAGCAUCUGCCAGAUGAGACGCUUGAUGCUCUUCCGCUGCUUACCCGAUUGAAGAAUGCCCUCUACUCUCAAGAGUUUAGGAAUCUUGUUCGUCAAGUGACCGGAUGCGGACCACUGUCUGGAAUCAAGACGGACCUGUCCUGUGCUCUCUAUACCAAGGGCUCGCAUCUCCUCCUCCACGAUGAUUCGAUCUCCACUCGUCUGAUCUCAUAUAUCCUCUAUUUACCGUGGUCCCCCAAGGAUGCUUCUGAGACCACUGAUGUGGACCUUGAGCUAUCCAAGAAUGGGAAAUUUCUCAAGGGUUGGAGCCCGUCCUGGGGUGGUGGACUCGAGUUGUUUCCUGUAGAAGGCGACGAGGAGGUUGGUCCUCCCAGCGUGAAGCGGUUGGCAAAGGUCUCCGCUACCUGGGGUCAAAUUGUGUUUUUCGAGGUGCAACCGGGGCGAAGCUAUCAUGCCGUAGAGGAAGUCGUUAUUGACGAAGGGCGACAGAGGUUUAGUGUCAGUGGCUGGUUCCAUCGACCUGUCGAGAGUGAAGAGGGCUUCCAAGUGUUUGACAAGGAAAAGGCCCAGAAGGAGCUCAGUUCUUUGGCACAAAUUACUUCUGCACCUUCACUUCCCUUCGUCUGUUACCCUACUCCCCCUCCGGUCGGCCUGAAGCCUUCUGAUCUCGCCUUCCUCUCCAACUAUCUCUCCGCUUCAUAUCUCACCGCUCCCACGCUCGAACGUCUUUCCGGACAGUUUGUAGAGGCUUCCGAGAUCGUUCUCCACAACUUCCUCCAGCCGGAGCUCGCUGCCAAGCUCAAGGCUGAGACUGAAGGUGUGGACAAGAGGGACUACUCUCCCUUGGAGACACUUUUGACGCCCCAGGAAACUGGUGAGGGCGAUGGCUGGGUCAUACAAGGUCCCUCAUCUAAGCAUCGUUAUGUUGCUCUCACAGACAGCUCCACUUCCACCCCAAUCUUCCAAUCGAUCCACAAUGUUCUUUUCCCCUCUGAUGCUUUCCGCGCCUGGCUAUCUGUCGUCUCUUCAUUGGCGCCUACCGGCCAUCGGAACGAGGCUCGGCGGUUCAGGAAGGGUCUCGACUAUACUUUGGCCAACGGCGAAGGGCGAGAGGGUGACGCCCGAUUGGAUGUCUCCUUGGGAGCCACGUGGUGGGCGGACGUCCCUGCCGGAAGCGAUGAGGAGGACACAUUGAUUGAGCAUGGUGGCUGGGAGGCAUACCUUGCUGCUCCCGAUGAUGAUGAGGACCCUGCAGUGUAUCAGAGCACCAUGGCCAAGAAGCCCAAGCAUGAGCACCAGCAGGAGGAGAACAAAGCCGAAGGCAAAAAGACCGACUCUGCCUCCGAGAAACAGGCUGCGCCCCAGACCAACGGCAAUGGCGCCAGCAAGGCGGAUGGUGGUCCCUCGAUCUCAAUUGGCGGGCAAGAACUCGAAUUUGAUCCCAAUCAAUUCUCACCUUCAGAUUUUGACUCUGAUUCCGAACAUGGCGAGGAAGACGAUGGCCCUCUUCUCACCCAGCCGGUCGCUUUCAACAAGCUUCUGCUUGUAUUGAGAGACCCGGGAGUGAUGAAGUUUGUCAAGUAUCUCGGUGCAAACGCCCCCGGAAGUAGGUGGGACGUGCAAGGAGAAUAUGAAGUUGGCGUUCUGGAAGAGGAGGUUGUAGGAGAAGAGAAGGCUUCAGAGGCUUAG